CAAUCAAAGAUGAAGGUCAACAUUUGAAAAAAAACUGUAUUACAACAUUGUUGCGGAAAGUAAACAAACGAAAAGAAAAUCAAGAAAUAGAAAAACUCAUAGCAAUAAUAAAAAUUUUAAGAACAAAGAAAUUAAACAAUUUGCAAAGAACUAAAGUGAAAAUUUAAAAUAAAUCAAUUUUAAUUAAAAGCAAAAACGCAUUAAUUUAACAAAAGGACGACAACAACAUGUCAACAUUAGAAAAAGAAGAGGAACAUUUGGUGGAAAUGGCCACAACGCAAAAUAUAAAUAAAUUAACCCUUUUCGACUUGAGUUGGGAGGAUGUGAUUAUACCAAAAAUACUCAACUAUUUAACACUCAAAGAAUUAUUUAUAUUACGUUGUUGUUCACAAACAACAAAACAAUUAGUGGAAGCUACUCUAGAACGUCUUAUUGAAAUAAACCUUUCAGGUAAUUCAUCGCACAAUGUGGAACUUACCUUUAAAGUGUUGGGUGACCAUUGUAGACGUUUGGAAAAUUUACAUUUAGCCCGUUGCCAUUGGCUAACCGAUGAGUUGCUUUUACCCAUUUUAGCCAAAAAUAAACGUUUGAAAAUUGUCAAUUUAAAUGAAUGCAUCAAUAUAACACCUCUGGCACUGCAGCCCAUUAUAAUUGAGUGCAAAGAUUUGCGUGUUUUAAAAUUAUCCAAAUGUCAGUGGCUGACCACAGGUGCUGUUGAUGCUCUCACAUUGCAUCAGAAUAAUUUGGAAGAGUUUGAUAUAUCGUAUUGCGCCGCCAUUGGGGAACGUUGUUUGAUUAUAUUCUUUAGGAAAUUGAACAAAUUAACAAUACUGUCUUUGGCUCAUACACCAAGUGUUACGGAUCAAGUUCUAAUACAGAUUGGCAAUUAUUGUCGUGCUCUGGAACACAUUAAUUUGGUGGGAUGUGUUGCUAUAUCGGAUUAUGGAAUACAUUUAACCAAAAAUUGUGUACAACUGAAAUCGUUAAUGGUACAGAGAUGUGAUCUAGUGACCGAAAGAUCUUUGGCACCUUUGAGAGGAAAAAUACAUAUAGAUAGACCCAUUAGAGAUCAAGGAGGCUUACAAAUGCAAUUAGUACCCUAUGAUUUGGAUCAACAAAUUAAUCGCUUGUUUUUGCAAGUUUAAAAAUGUUAAGUAAAUAAUUACAGGUGAUAGUGUAAGUAAAACUUUGUAAAUAUUUUAAUAGUUUUAUUAAUAAUUUGUGCUUAUAAUUGUUUUAAACUUCUUUCAUUAAAUGGCUUUAAACAAUUCUUUAUGUUAAAAUAGUUUUGGACAAUGAAUACAUAUGUACUAUUAUAAUUAAGCUUAAUUAAUAAUAAAAGAAAACUAAAUAAAACCAAAAA